UGCGUCUACUUCCUUUGGCCUUUGCAGCCCGCCACACGAUAUUGCGAUCUCGGUCAAAGUGAUCCCCGGAGCAAACACAUCUGGCAAGGACCGUCGAGCUAGGUGGAGAGGACCAAAGUUACAUGCGUUGUAUUCUCAUCCUCACACGGCCGUGUCAUCGGACUAGUCUUGCAACAAGAACGUUCCCAGUCAGCAGCAAGACGGGGUCGAGGGCCUUGUUAUCAUACGCUGGCAGUCCACCAUCGACUGUGACUACCAAAUAUACCAUCAGAAUGGGCAGCACAACCUCCUCCUCCACCGCCCCCGGGGGCCCCAGCACGGGGGGGAUGGAGGGCAAGACCACUCCCAUCCCAACUCCAGCCUCACUGACCACCGAGACUACACCCGAGACCAAAAAGAAGGAGGAGAAGAAGAGGACGCCAAUAAAUCUCCACAGGGGCUGGCCAAAUACAUCUCUGCUCCCCGUCGACGCCCUGAAGAAGGCCGCCCAGGCCGCCCUGAGCGACGCCUCCAUCCUCACCCCGGCCUCGGCGCUGCUGUACGCCCCGGACCCGGGGUUCCAGGAGCUCCGGGAGGCACUGGCCGUAUGGCUAGACGAGUUCUACAGCGAUCCCAUACACCGUGAUGACGGAGGAGUGCCUCCUCCUAAUCAUCAUCAUCAAAAGAGCAUGCCGCCCACAUCACCACCACCACUGGCCGCGGAAGCAGCAGCAGCCGACACCAUCACCAUCACGGGCGGGGCCUCGCAGUCCCUGGCCAACGUGCUGGCCAGCUUCACCGACCCGGCGUACACGCGCGCCGUGUGGAUGGUCGCCCCCGCGUACUUCCUCGCGUGCCCGAUCAUGGCGGACGCCGGGUUCGGCGCCAAGAUGCGCGCGGUGCCCGAGGACGACGAGGGCAUCGACCUCGAGUUCUUGCGAGCCGGGCUGGAGGAGCUCGACUCGGAGAAGGGUGGCUCGGAGAAGAGCAAGGACAACAAGAAGGAGGAGGGAAGUCACCAAGCCACGGCGGACCGGGAAGGAGAGGAGGCCGCCCCACGACGACCGGUGUACAAGAACCCGGCCCCGUACCGCAAGAUCUACAGGCACGUCAUCUACUGCGUGCCCACGUUUGCGAACCCGUCGGGCAAGACCAUGUCACUGGCCCGGCGGCGCGCGCUGGUCGAGCUGGCGCGCGAGCACGACGCGCUGGUCGUGUCCGACGAUGUGUACGACAUGCUGCAGUGGUCUACGACCUCUUCCCCGCCGGGUCACUCUGCAAAGGGUGCCACGGCGGUUGAGGCGCUGGCAGAAGAAGUCGAUCUCAACCGGGCUCUCCUCCCGCGCCUCGUGGACAUUGACCUCGCCCUCGGGCCCUCUCGGCACGACGAAGAGCUGAGCAAGCUCGCCGGUGCGACCACAACAAAGACCAUCGUCAACGCGCUGGGCAUACCGCUCGAGCCAGCACAGAAGAGGCAGCACUUCGGCCACGCCAUAUCCAACGGGUCGUUCAGCAAGCUCGCUGGCCCCGGCCUGCGCACCGGCUGGACCCAGUCUACGCCCGACUUCGCCCUGGGACUGAGCCAGACGGGUGCGACGAGGUCCGGCGGCGCCCCCUCGCAGAUGACGGCCGCUAUCGUGUGCCAGCUGCUCAGGUCGGGGGAUCUGCAGCGCGAGAUUGAGAGCGUGUUGCGGCCGACGUAUCGGCGCCGGCAUAGGUUGCUCAUGACUGCUGUGGAGAGGGCGUUGGUGAGGCCGUUUGGUGUCAUGGUUGGGCAGGGGGGUUUGCUGGAUCUCGAGGAUGGAGCAGGAGGCGGAGGUGACGGCGGCGCUGGUGGCGGUACGGUGCAGAAGGAAGGCAAGGGCAUAUUCGGAGGGUAUUUCAUCUGGCUCACACUGCCUGUCGGCACGGAAGAGAAGCCGUUCCCCGGCGCCAAGGCGAUUGCCGCGCGGUGUAUGCGUGACGAGGAUCUGGUCAUUGGUCACGGCGGCAUGUUUGAGGUCCAAGGCGACGAGGCCGCCGUGAGACUGGACCACGCGAUGCGGCUGUGCUUUGCGUGGGAGGAGGAGCAGAAUCUGGUGGAAGGCGUGGAGAGACUGGGACAGGUCAUUGGGAGAAUGCUUGAUGAUGGACCGUCCAGCUGGCAGGGAGCAGAGAGGGAUAGCAGUGGGACCGCCGAGGAGCAGAAAUGAUCCAGAGCAAAAACACCAUCAGAACACCUGUGCAGAGUGGGAAUAUUCACUCUUCCGAUAAUCCCCAGU